UUAUGUUGGGGUUGAUGAUUCCAUAUAAGAUUGAGACGAUUGUUCAGCGCGUUUCAGAGUUAGAUAGAAUCAGAUGGAAUUCAGGUUAUAGAUGUUAUCGUGAUUGUGACUUUGUCUCUUGCAAGAAAUAAACUUAUUAUUAUAAAAGUGUAUAUUUAAAUUAUUAAAGAAAUCGGAAACGAGAAACGUAAAAAUGGAAGAGAAAUUACGUCAAAUGGAAGAUGAGAUGAACAGGUUUGAAGCCGAGAUUGGUGGGCAAUUAGUCACGCCUAUGGCGAGGCCCGUGAUCGGAGCAAAUACUUAUAAUCAAGUAGCCAGACAAUUAGAACAGCAUGAACUUCCAACACCUGUUGUUGCCGCUGCUGCAGCUAGUUUAGCUUUCCCUCCGAUGAUCGGAUUCCCACCACCACCACCGCCGCCACCACCACCGCCUCCACCACCCCCAAUGCUAAUCCCACAACAAGUUGCAAGACAAGGUACGGUUCCUUCUAUUACAACCUAUUCGUCGCCUGCACAGAUAAGUAAUCCGUAUUUACCGAACAUGGUGGACACGUGUUUAACCGCUACCCCGAAAACUUAUGAAUCCACGUCGACGCCAAUGAUUCAUCCAGAAAUUAUUGAACAGAUUAUCAAUACAAAGAUUCCUGAAGAUGACAGCAAAAAGAAACCCAAAGUGAAAGGUGUUAGCACUGCCGCCGAAUUGGCGAUUAGUCAAGGGAAAGCGAGCUCGAUUAUGGCCAACGCCAGCGCGGAGGAGUCUCACCCGAAAGGUAAAGGGAAGAAGAACAAGAAGAUCGUGAGAAUGGCUGGUGGUCAGAUUUGGGAAGAUUCUUCUCUUUUGGAGUGGGACGAAGACGAUUUCAGAAUAUUCUGUGGAGACUUAGGAAAUGACGUCACGGAUGAAAUGCUUGUAAGGGUCUUCGGCAAAUAUCCGAGCUUCCAAAAAGCUAAGGUAGUCAGAGAUAAAAGAACGAACAAGACGAAAGGAUUCGGAUUCGUCUCGUUCAAGGAUCCACAAGAUUUCAUUAAGGCGAUGAAGGAGAUGAACGGGCGAUACGUAGGCUCGCGACCGAUAAAGCUGCGCAAGAGUUCGUGGAAGCAACGGAAUUUGGAGACGGUACGGAAGAAAGAGAAAGAAAAGCAAACAUUAAUUGGUUUGUUGACCGGCCGGUGACGUGACCGACCGCCUUUCUUUCUUUUCUCAUUCAUACUUUCACCCGCCAAUUGGGUUCUGGACGUUCGUUUCAUUUAGAAGUGACGGAGUUCCCAUCGAAUUGUAUCUCUACGUGUAAAGCACAUACGUAUUUGCUGUCGUUGAAGCUUCACACGUGAUGGAGUUGAAAGGGGUUGUGUAAAAGCUGCAGUUAUAUCGUGAAUGUAUUUGAAAUAAAUUGACAACGUGAUUAA